AUGAUAGGUCCCAUUCUGUACUGGAACGUAAGAGGUCUGGGAACCUCAAGAGGAAGGUUGAAGAAGUUGGUAAAGGAAUUUAAGCCCAAGGUAUUUGCAUUGGCAGAGACUUUUGUGGAUGAUAGUAAAAUGGGAAGAUUAAUGAGGCAGUUAGGCUUGGAGGAGGGUAGCUCAAACCAAUUGAAUGCUGGAAAGAUUUGGCUUUUAUGGGAAAAAAAUGUGAAUGUAACCAUUGUACGAAUGAGUGACCAGUUUAUCACAGUCAAGGUACUCGAAGGGGAUUUGGCUCUCAGCAUUACUUUUGUUUAUGCCAAAUGCUAUUAUGGGCUUCGGAGACAACUUUGGAGGGACUUACAAGAAGAUGUUCACAGUAAUGACCCAUGGAUGAUUCUAGGUGAUUUUAACGUAAUAAAAAAUAAUGAAGAAUGGAAAGGGGGCUCUCCAUGUUCGAGGAUAGCGUUAGAGGAAUUCAAUGAAUGGAUCAAUGGAUGUGGACUGAUGGACUUGAAUUACAAUGGCAAUAAUCUCUCAUGGUGUAAUGGGCAGGAAGGGUUGGAAAGAAGAAGGGAAGGUGGGCUAGAAAAUCUAGCUUUUAAAAUGAAGCGCAUGAAGCAGGUAUUGAGAAGAUGGAAUAAGGAAAUUUUUGGUCAUGUCAAAUUAAAGAUUAAAGAGCUAGAAUGGCGGGUUGAGUCACUUGAAGCCAUUCUACAGGGAGAUUACGAGGCAGAGGUGGAACAGGAUCUCCUAGUGUCUAAAAUAGAAAUAGAUAUUUGGCAAAAAAGAGAGGAGUGUUUGACUGCUCAAAGAGCUGGAAUUAAAUGGCUACAAGAAGGAGAUAACAAUACUAGAUUUUUCCAUGCAGUUUUGAAGAGAAGGCAGCAGAACCAAGUCACCAAAAUGAAUAAACCAGAUGGCACUGCGUUCAACACCCCUGAAGCUAUACACGAGGGUGCAGUCCAAUAUUUUCAAGAAUUUCUAAGUCAUAAAGCUGAAGGGGAGCCGCCAUAUCUGAGUUCCUUCAUUGAUCAGGCCAUUACAGAAGACGAGAACAAAAACAUUUACAAAAGGCCAUCGAUGGAAGAAAUUUGGCAGGCAAUUAAUAGCAUCCCGGUGGAGAGCAGCCCGGGUCCAGAUGGUUUUGGGUCGGGAUUCUUCAAAGCCUGCUGGGCCAUUGGCAAGGGUAAUGUAGAGGAAGCCAUUGCAGAAUUUUUUGAAGGUAAACAACUCCCAAGGUACUACACGGCAUCGUAUGUGGCUCUUAUCCCCAAGGUACAGUAG